AUGUCGAGAGAAGGAUCACCAAGAGAAAACCCAACAGAUGAAUCUGCAUCAACUCAACAACCUUUAUCAGGUAUGGAUGCAGGAUCUCUUGAUACUCAAGUCACACCGGAUGCACAAACACAAGAAGUUUUAAAUUCUGAAAACGAACUUUCUACCUCAAUAACACUCGAUUCAACUCAAAUGCCACCACCAUCAGAAACAACUCAGGAAAACAAGGAAGAAGAAGAUGAAGAAGGAGAUAAACAAACAACACAAAUUGAUCAACAAGAUAUUCAACCAGAAGAAAUUACAACAGUUAAUGAUAAUGAAAAUCAAGAUAUUGUUGAAAAACCAGAACGUGAAAGUCCACCAAGACUUCCAGAUACAUUCUAUUAUGAGGCAGAAAAAAUUCAUGCAAAACCAAUAACAACAAAUGAAAAGACAUUUCCGGAAAAUACAUUAUCGAUGUUUCGAUCAUUUGCUUAUGAUUGUCAUAAACGUGGAAAUUUACAUAUAUUGGAUAAUAAAACAGUUAUGUUUGUUGCUGCUUGUGUUGUUGAAAUUAUCGAUUUAUCUAGUGGAGAACACCAAUAUAUUCGAACAACGGGCGGUUAUAGUAUUGGAGCAGUAGUCGUUCAUCCAAAUAGACAAUAUUUUGCUGUUGGUGAAAAAGGUGAUAUGCCAAAUAUAGUUAUAUAUGAAUAUCCAUCAUUAAGACCUUAUCGAAUAUUAAAAACUGGAACACAACGUUCUUAUGCUUAUCUUGAUUUUAAUACUGAAGGUGAUUUACUUGCUUCACUUGGUUCAAGUCCAGAUUAUAUGUUAACAAUAUGGGAUUGGCGUGAUGAAAAAAUUUUAUUACGUAGCAAAGCAUCAUCACAAGAAGUUUUUAAAGUAUCAUUUUCAAAAGAUCUUAAAGGACAUUUAACUACAUCCGGUAUUGGUCACAUCAAAUUCUGGAAAAUGGCUCGAACAUUUACUGGUUUAAAAUUACAAGGUGAAUUAGGUCGAUUUGGACGAACAGAAAUUUCUGAUAUUGAAGGUUAUCGUGAAUUACCAGAUGGAAAAGUUAUUUCUGGUACUGAAUGGGGUAAUAUGUUAUUAUGGGAUGGUGGUUUAAUUCAAAUAGAAGUUUGUCGUAAAAAAGGCAAACCUUGUCACAAUGGUGCAGUACAACAAGUACUUUUACAUGAAAGUGAUGUAUUUACUGUUGGUGAAGAUGGUUAUGUACGUGUUUGGGAUUUUGAAACUAUUGAUACAGCUGAAGCAAUUGAUGAAGGAUCAAAAAUGGAAAUAGAACCAUUGAAUGAACUUCGAGUAGGAACAGAUAGUAAAUUAAUGGGAAUUAAACGUGGAGUUGUUGAUGAUAUGAGUCUGUGGUUUGCUCAGGAUGCAAAAGGAAAUAUCUGGAAAUUAGAUUUAACAUUUUCAAAAAAUAGUGUUGAUCCAGAAGUUCUUCUUUCAUUUACAUCAGGUGCGGUAACUGGUCUUGAUGUUUCAUCUGUUUAUCAUACAUUUGCUUGUUCAGCGAGCAAUACUAUUCGAAUUUAUAAUAUCUUUACACAAGAAGUUUUAUCUCAAAAAACGUUUACUACAGGUGUUACUAGUUUAAAAUGGCUUCCAACUGUUUUUGAUGAAAAAUCUGAUGGAAUAUUAGUUGGAUUUUCUGAUGGUGUUGUACGAUAUUUAAAACUUCGUUCGGGUAUUAAACCAAGCGGAACAGAAAAAAAAUUUGAAUUUGAUUUACGAAUGAUACAAGUUCUUAAACCACAUACAAAAGCAGUUACAUUUAUUACUUUAGAAGUUAAAAAUCAAUGGAUAGCUACUGGAAGUGCUGAUGGAACAGUAUUUUUCUUUAAUUUUACACCGAAAGGUUUAAAUCCAAUUGGUUUUGUUAAUAUGAAAGAGUCAAUAACUUUUAUGACAUGGACACCAGCUCAAUAUGAUAAAACUCGUCUUCUUGUUUGUUUGAAAAAUGGUGCUAUUCAUGAAUAUGAAGGACCAGGUGGUAUUAAAUUUGAUACAUCAACAUCAUAUUUAAUUGAAACACAAUUACCUGUACGAAUAUUUCGUUUUCGAAGUAUUAAAUCUCGAUUACGACAUGAAGAAGAACUUGAACGAAAACGAAAAGAAGAAGAAGAACGACAAAGAAAAUUGGAAGAAGAAAGACGUUUACGUGGUAUUGAAAAGAAAGAAAAAGGUGAAUAUUAA